UAGAGAGCAGCAAACUACCGUGGGCGCAGAGUCGCACCAUGUGACGUCUUUUUCAUGAGCCGGAAGUACAACAAUCCAACACCGAUGACUGUCAUGACAAACCAAAUUUUUGUCUAAAAAAACACUCCAAGCGAGGCAAAGCACGGUAGAGUACCGACAGAUACUGAGAGAAGUCUGCACAAAAAAAUAAAACAUGCACGGUAGAGUCAAGAUUAAAUCCACCGCCCAGCAAGAGGAGGAGAAAAGAAAGGAAAGAGAGAAGAAACUGAAGAUAUACACAACGGCAAGAGAUGCCUGUUUUUCCAAGAGGAAGGAGGGCGUUUGUGAUGAAGAAGCCCUUCACUUGACCCAGCAGCUACUAUCAUCUAAUCCUGACUUUGCAACCCUAUGGAAUUAUAGAAGAGAGAUCCUCAAGCACCAGGAGACCGUCAAAGAUGAGAGUGAAGUGCAAAAGAUGUACGAGUCUGAGCUGUCAUUUCUGGAGUCCUGCCUGAAAGUGAACCCAAAGUCUUACGGCAGCUGGCAUCAUCGAAGUUGGGUCUCGGAACGCGUACCUCAAAUGGACUGGUCCCGAGAGUUGAGCCUGUGCGAUCGCUGCCUCAGCCUCGAUGACCGCAACUUCCACUGCUGGGAUUACCGCCGGAUCGUUGUGAAGAAGUCUGCCGUUCCAGUGGAAAAGGAGCUGGAGUUUACGCAUCGUCUGAUUGGCUCCAACUUUUCCAACUACUCCAGUUGGCAUUACCGCAGCACCCUACUGCCAUUGCUCCACCCGGAGUCUCCUGAACCCGCCUCAUCUCCACCCUCGCCGCAAACACACUCACAUCGUGUGUGUGAAGAACAGCUACUCAAAGAAUAUGAGCUUGUGCAGAAUGCUUUCUUCACCGACCCCAAUGACCAGAGCGCUUGGUUCUAUUACCGUUGGUUGCUGGGCAGAGCUGAGCGUGAAGAGAUGAUAAGCUGUGUUUACAUCAGCCGGGACGGGGAGAGAGUGGCCGUCGCCUUCUCAAGGCCGGUCAACGCACAGUCUGGUGGCCUUCUGUUGGUGCUUGACGGUCAGCCACAGAGCGUGGAUUGGAGGAGUGUCCAUCCACGUUUUAAACAUAGUCCUGUAUGGAUAUGUGAUCUUCCUCCUGGGUCCAUCUGUGACAUCGCGAAUGAGCACAAUCUGACGGUGCACUGGUCCGAAAAAUACAUUCAUAGAGACUGUGCGCUGUACACAGGUCGAACUGAGAGUUGGUGUCGUGACUCCGCCACUGAUCAGGAACUGUUCAGGAGUGAGCUGUCUGUGGAAAAGAGCUCUGUGCUGCAGUCUGAACUACAGUCAUGCAAUCAGCUGCAAGAACUGGAGCCACUCAAUAAGUGGUGCUUGCUGACCAUCAUCCUACUGAUGAGGGCGCUAGACCCUCUCGGAUAUGAGAAGGAGACGCUCGCUCAUUUCCAAACUCUCAAAGAAGUGGAUUCAAUGCGGUCGGCCUAUUACAGUGACCUGUGCAGCAAAUUCAUGAUCGAAAACACAAUUUUGAAAAUGGAGUAUGCCGAAGUGCGCGUCUUCAGUGUAGCUGACAAGAACCUGACCACAUUGUGCCAUUUGGACCAGCUGCUCCUCGUGACCCAUAUCAACCUGUCCUCCAACCAGCUGCGACGCAUUCCUGCUCACUUUGCCAUGUUGCAGUGCCUGGAGGUUUUGGAGGCGAAUGAGAAUUCCAUAGAACAUUUGGAAGGAGUCUACUGCCUUCCUAAACUGGAGGAGGUCCUCUUGAAGAAUAAUAAAAUCUCCACAUUGGCAGCUCUCCAGCCUCUUACCUCCUGCCCCAAGCUGAGGCGACUGGAUCUCCGUGGAAACCCUAUUGCUCAGGUGGCCGGCGUGGAGUCUGAGCUGUCAGAGCUGCUGCCUGCCAUCACGUGUCUUCUGCUCUGAUGAGGGGCAGGAGUCGAGAGCUGCCACUCAAAACGUUACCACCACCGACACUGCCGGGCAGGAGUGAGUGGAUGUUUUUCCAAGUGUGUUGUCACUUCCACUUGUUCGGUAGAAAUUCAAAACAGCCUUCACACGUCUGAAUGCCUCUGAAGGCGUAUAUCAAAACAACUUUAAUGAAAAGUCUAUUUGUUGAUUGUGUGUGUGUGUGUGUGCGUGUGCAUGAGUCAUCACCACUGUUACAUUUUUGAAAGUGCGUAUGAAUGAAGGACUCAUUAUACCUCCAAAUGCAUGCUGAAACCCCCCUCCCAGUCAUGGAUCUAAAUUGACUGUAUGUGGAUGCAUCUGUGUGUUCUAUAAGCUUUUAAAUGAGUUAAAGCAACAGUAAGGAAGGGGAAUGGAGCAGCUCUAAUUCUGCAUCCAGAUCAUGAUUGAUGGUUAAUCCUUGGGUCAUGCUGAAGGAACUCAUCCAAAUCUGUUUAUGGCUGGUGUUUUAAAAUUCAAUUAUAGAUAUAUAAGACAGACAAGGGGCAAAUUAUUGGGGUUUUCCCGCUGGGCCCUCAUCAGCAUGACGUUACCAGUUUCCUUCAGUGCAGAAGGAGUAGAAGAGUAGCCUCUUUUGCCAUUUACACAAGUAAAUGAACUAAAGUACAAAUACAAGGCAGAUGAAGCUUUCUAAUUGUGAAUGGUAUUCUACAUUGGCCACUACCUAUUGGUGUUUGGUGAGACAAGCGUCAGAUGUGGUUGCCAAAAAAGGCAUUUAUUGCAAGUUUAAGUGAUCUCCCCACAGGCACAAUCAUAAUGUAGGUUGCUGUGGCAGCCAUAACUCACAACAAGCUAAAACCCGACUCUGAGCCUCCAACAUUACUUCCCGUUAGGAAUACAUGUACUGUGACACACACAAAUAAGAGCUUAAUUUACCUGCUAAAUACUGCUACCAUAUUGGGCAAUGUUAGUGUAAAGCCAUUUAAAGUCGACAUUAUAUUACACAGUUAACACAAUAGCCACUGCAGGAAGUAUGCUGUCCAGCAGAAAAAAAACUGCUAAAGGAACCGCUAAAGUGUUGGUGUCUGUCAUCUUAUUUGUGUUUAAUACAUCAUAUUUUCUCUGAUAUAUACCUUCAGUGGUGCCUUGGUUAAUGUCAAUUAUCCAUUUCAGAUGGUCUGACUCAAACCAAACGGACUGUAACCAUUUUCCCACAGAAAAUAAUGUAAAUCCAAUCCAAUUUUCAGACACCCAUAAAUGUGAACACAAAACACAUUUUAUAGACAAUAAUUAUAGUUUUACAUGCAGACAAUAAUGCAAACAUAACUACAAAUGGAAAAAACACAGUCACAAUCAUGACAUACAGUAUGAAAUGGAGAAGUUAAUAUUUAAUAUUUUACCUGUAGUGGACACGCUUGCACAAAAAAACUAAAUAAAAGGACAACAACCAUAUAACAGCAUUUUGUUCACCAUAGUGCUACUGUCAAAUUUGACAAAUGUAAAAUCCAUAAAAGGACAGCAAACACAACAAAAUCAUGUAUCCCCCUUGUCUCAGGGCUGACCAUCGCCUUUAUCUUUUGUGCGGCGCAUGUGUUUGUUACGUUGUGUAUCUUCUCUGGCUUUCUCUCUAUAAACAAACUAUUGCUCUAAAAAUGGUGACCACGCCCCACAAUACAUUGCAUGAUCACUUGCAAGUAUCGCAAGAUUUAAUCUCGGCUGCGUGAUUGAAGAUGGCUGCGUAAAUAAACCGCACACAUUUUGAACGCAAACCAAGGCAAAAUUUUAGCAAAACUUUUACAUUUUGGAUGUUAUCCGAAAACAAUCUCAACUGAGGUACCUCUGUAGUACAUAUAGAAUCGGCAUCGGCUUUAUUGGCCAAGUAUGCUUACACAUACAAGGACUUUGACUUUGGUUAAAUUAGCUUUCACUGUACAUACCCACAGAUAGUUGAGAAAUAAAUAAAUAAUAAAGAAGCAAUUAAAUAGUAAGAUUGAGAUGUGCAAAGGCAUAAUAGUAUAAUGACAGUGCAAUUCAAGUACAUACAAGACAUUAUCUGCAUAUAUACAAAAGACAGUAUUUAAGUUGAACAUAAACAGGAUUUACAUUCAAAUAAUUAUUUUUUUUUGGUCAACACUGAUGUGUUCAGUUGUUGAUCAGAGUGAUGACCUAGGAGAAUUAACCGUUUCUGUGACUGGACGUUUUGGCGUACAUACUGUAUAUUGGGUAAUGCAAACGUUAUUUCAUGUCUAGAAGUCGUUCAAACCAUAUUUAAAAGAUGGUAAACAGGUUCAUAGGUGUGUCAUAACUACAAAAAUAUUAUAUGGAACCAAUUAAUAAUCAAGAGACUGCUGUAAUGUACAGUGUGUUACAAAAGUACCGUCACAUUUUAUUAUUGUAUAUAAUUUGAAGUGACAAUACUACAGAAAGUAAACUUGGAUAUACUUUAGAGUUGUCAGUGUUCAGCUAGGAUGGCACAAAGGCAGCUCCAAACUAAACAGAUUUUUUUGGCGGUAACUAAUUAGGCUACUUUGAUUAAAUGUUCUUAUUGUUGCUUUAACACAGGAAGCUUGUACCUGAUGAUCACGUUGUUGCCUAUACUGUAGUUGUCACACAUUGUCGCACGUUUUCAACGGUGAUGCAAAACCAUUUAUUGUAUGUCCAAAAAUAACGCCCGUUAUCCACACGUAUAUAUGUACAAAAAAAAACAACAUUAAAUUGUAUCACUUGCCUUACCUGAAA